AUGCCUGUGCCGUCGGAGACGCGCGCGCUUAUGUUGCGCCAAUUAAAAGAGCUGAACGCUCUGAACGACGGCCGUAGGAGGUGGGGUUCGGGAUUCGGAAGGAGCCCGGCCGAGGCGAGCAGCGAGGCGACGUCGCGCAGGUGGACAAGUGGACUUGCUGCGGCUUCGCCGGCGUCGCACGCGUCGCGUGUGUCGCUCUCGCCCGCUGUGAUGGCGUGCGACUCGGUGGACUUACUGGCCGGGCGGAGCUCGAAGGAGCUGCUGCGAUUGGAGUGGCGUGCCAUCCACUCGUGCCCAAAGAACCUCAGCGCCCUCACUCCAGCCCACGCACUCUUCUCACCUGCCCUCCGUUGCUCUUCCUCCCCCCCCCAUUCCCCCCUUCCCUCAUUCCCUUCUCCCCUUUCACAGGUGGGGCGCGCCUUUAAUGCGUCCCCCAGGGACAUGGGCGCACUAACCCUAGUGGGGCGCGCAUUCAAUGCAUCCCCCAGAGACCUGGGCGCGCUAACCCUAGUGCGCGCGCUCAUGCAGGCGCUGCUCUGCCCGCUCGCGCCAUGGCUCUCCCUCCACAUGCCCCGCGUCCACGUCAUCGCCACGGGCGCGCUCAUCUGGAGCCUUGCCACGCUGGCAGUGGCCCUCGCCACGUCAUACAGCCAGGUGGCGUUGCUGCGCGGGAUCAACGGCAUCGGCCUCGCCCUGGUCUUCCCCCCGAUCCAGUCGCUCGUCGCUGACCUGGCGUCUCCGACCAAUCGCGGCAUGGCGUUCGGGUGGUUGCAGUUCAUGACUUACUUCGGGGAUAUUCUGGGGUACAGCAUUGGAAUUACCCUAGCAGGGUUACCUGCCCAAACAAUAACCCGGCUAUUCAGGGUUGGGAUGGAUGGGUGGCGGUUGGCUUUCCUUGCAAUUGCUGCUAUCAGCCUGCUGCUAGCUGCACUAAUCUCCCUCCUAGCUCAAGACCCUCCAAGGCAAUCUUGCAGCAAAGAAGACCUCUAUAACGAGGAUGUUUCAAGCUCGCUUGUGAAUGCGGAUGGGCAAUCUCUACCCGGUUCUCGUGCUGAUGAUAGCAACCCCUUGUCUUCACCCACACACCCGCUGCUUCACCACUCACUUGCCACUUCCCCCAGCAGUUGCACCUCCCCCACAUCAACCUCCCUCCCAUCUGCCUCUACCAGGGUGCCGGCACAUCAACCGGUCUCGACCUCCCAUCACUCCUCCAAACACGCCCUCUCCUCCGCUCCACCUCCCUCAUCUUCCUACUCGUCUCUCCCGGUCACCUAUCCCCACCCCCCUCCUCCCUCCGCCCCCUCUUUCCUCUCAAACCUCCUUCACGUGCUCCACACGCCCUCCUUCCUUAUCAUAGUCUCUCAAGGCAUAGUAGGCUCCUUUGCUUGGGCCUCUCUAACCUUCCUUCCCAUGUGGCUCGAGCUAGUGGGGUUCUCCCAUCCUUCCACCGCCCUCCUCCUCUCUUCCUUCACUGCUAGUUGCAGUUUUGGGGGGCUUUUUGCGGGCUGGUUCGGUGAUUGGAUGAACGCCACGUGGCGCGAUUCUGGCCGUGUGAUCUGCGCUCAGAUCAGUGCCGGAUCGGCGGUGGUGAUGUCGACGGUGCUGCUGAGGGUGGUUCCGCAGGAUGCCCGGUUUUUCUGGGUGUAUUUUGCAGUGCUGGUGGUGAUGGGGUUUAUGAUAUCGUGGAACGAUGCAGCAUCAAACAACCCCAUAUUCGCGGCCAUAGUGCCAGCGCGCCUGCGCACCGACAUCUACGCUCUCGACCGCGCAUGUGAGAUGUCAGUGGCAGCCUUCGCCCCGCCCACUGUCGGCUUCCUCGCCCAGGCCUGCUUCGGCUUCCGCCCCUCCCCGCCGCCCGCCCCACCCGCCGCCGCUCCUGCUGCGUCUCCUUCUGCCGCUCCCCCUGCUGCAUUCCCUGCCACUCCUCCUCCUAUUGCGCCGCCCGCUCCAUCUGCGGCUGAUCCGGGGAAUGCCAGGGCGCUCUCUCUCGGGCUCUUCUGGACCAUGGCUCUGCCCUUUGCCCUCUGCUGUGUCCUCUACGGGGGGCUCUACUGGACGUACCCUCACGACCGGGACAAGGCUCGGGCCGAGGCUGCGGAGGAGGCCAAGGGCGACAAUGGCGUGGCGUCGGAGGUGCCUUCUGGCAUAGAGAAGGCGGCGGCUGCGGGCAACCUGGACAAGUUCGAGGGAACGACGAUCGUGAGCCCGAGCACGGACAGCAUGCUGAUGGUUGACGUGAAAGCGGCCGGAUGGAACGAAAUGAAGUGCCAUAAGGACCUGGGCAAACCCGGGGACGGCGCGUGCACGCCCGCCAACUGCAGCAAGGGCGGCAUCCCCGCCAAGUGGAAGACAUCGAACCUGCUCAAGAACAAGCUGGGCGUGGAGGUGUACGUGAAGGGCAACCCGCUGACGCUGAAGAAGGCGUCCCCGCAGACGUGCUGCAACACGUGCGCGGGGUACAGCAGCUGCACGUACUGGCAGUACAUCCCCGAUAUUACCAUCGACGGCAAGAAGACGGACGGCGCGUGCUACCUGGUGCACGACAACAUCGACUACUCGUGCGGCGAGCUGACGGCGCAGUACGCGACGGACUCGAAGCCCAUAGCGCUGCAGGUGCGCACGGGCGGCGAGUGCAACCCCGCGGCGAACGUGGUGAACGACCCGCAUCUGGUGGGCGCGUACGGCACGCACUUCGACUUCAACGGGCGCCCCGACAAGGCGUUCUGCCUGCUGACCGACAAGGACCUGCACGUGAACAUGCUGCUGCGCGGGUACUACUCGGACGACACGGAGAACGCGGCGCUCGUUGUUGACGGCAAGGCCGUGCACACGUGGAUCAAGGAGCUCGGCAUCGUGUGGUUCGCCAACGGCGCCGACCACAAGGUGCGGCUCGCGGCGCGCGCUGGCAAGCAGCAGGAGCGCGGUGAUGGCUUCAUGAAGACGAUCGAGAUCGACGGCGAGGAGAUCCCGAGGAUGAGCGUGGGCGACGAGGUGACUACCGAGGGCGGUCUGACUGUGCGGUUCGCGGCUCUGGAGAAGGAGGGCCCGUAUGACGUGGACUACUACACGCUCACCAUCGACGGGCUCGUGGCGCUCGACCUGCGUCUGCGCGUCGCCAACCCCAAGCUUCAGACGCCCAACGACACCGAGGCGCACAUCAACGUGGGGAUUGUCGAGCUGGAGCACACCGACGAUGUGCAAGGCGUGCUCGGUCAAACCUACCGCCCCGACCACGCGGCGCGCGCCGCCGACUUCCAGCGCCUGAUCGCGAACCUGCACCGUCCGAUCUCGGCCGACAGCCAGGAGGGCGCUGGGUUCCUUGACGGCACUCCCCGGCUGUACGAGUCGAGCUCCGUGCUGUCCGUGGACUGCGCGCAAACCGAGUACCACCGCGCCAAGCAGCUGAGCCCCGUCGAGGAGUUCCCCAUGGAGCCCCUCAACUAA